AUGCUCGACCUGGAGAAGGACGACAAAGACCUAGAGGCAGGGACGCAUCGGGCAUAUGAGGAAUCGGACAUCCAGCCUAGGGAUGAAGAGGAAGCCAUAUCAACUUUCAGGCCAAUAACACAGGAGAAACCUCAAAAUGAACUCCCACCAGCCACCAAAGUCGUCACCGUCCAAGACUGGGAUGGGCCUUCAGAUCCUGAGAAUCCCCAAAACUGGUCUCUAUUGAAGAAGUCCUACCAUACGGCAAUUCCCGGUCUUUAUGGAUUCGCAGUCACCAUCGGAUCCGCCAUGUACGCCCCAGCAGUAGGGGAGAUUAUGGAAAAAUUCAACGUUUCUGAAACUGCAGCUUUAGUCGGUCUCUCAGUCUACGUUAUUGGCUUGGGGUUUGGUCCGGUAUUGGCAGCGCCAGUCAGCGAGAGCCUUGGACGGAGCAUCGUCUACAGAACUACCCUCCCGGUUUCCAUGCUUUUCACUCUCGGCGCAGGCUUCUCAAACUCGUUUGCUGCGCUGUUGGUGUGCCGGUUCUUCGCAGGAUUCUUCGGCAGUCCUGUCCUUGCAGUCGGUGCCGGAACUAAUGCUGACAUCUGGCCACCACGCCAGAGGGCUAUAGCAACUUCGUUCUUCUUGAUGGCACCCUUCGCAGGCCCUGCUCUUGGUCCGUUUAUCGGUGGAUUCGCCGCACAAUACAAAGGAUGGCGCUGGACGCAGUGGUGCAUCCUCUUCAUCUCCCUCGCAGCAUGGAUUCCCGGGCUCUUCAUGAGUGAAACCUACAAAAAGAUUCUUCUCAAACGUCGCGCCGCAAACCGUGGACUCGAGGGGCCGAAAGGACUAACCGGAGUUGCAGCCAUCAAGUUUCUCUUUGCAGUUACCCUGAUAAGACCAGUCCAUAUGCUUGUGACCGAGCCAAUAGUCCUAUUCCUCUCUCUGUAUACGGCGUUUGCCUUCUCCGUCCUGUUCGCCUUCUUCGCCGCCUUCCCGGUCGUCUUCGAAGCCCCACCAUACAAUUUCACAGUGUCUCAAACCGGCCUUACGUUCCUCGGUAUUGGGCUUGGAGUUGUCAUCAGUAGCUUUUCAGCCGUUGUAGUCGACAGGACGGUAUACCAAAAGAAAUAUAGGCAGGCCAUAGCGGAAGGUCGCAAACACGCGGCUCCAGAGCAUCGCCUCUACGUUGCCAUGAUGGGCAGUAUCGGUCUUCCAGUUGGACUAUUCUGGUUUGCAUGGACCGCUGACAACGGAGUACAUUGGGCCGUCCCUGUUGUUGGUGCAAUUCCAUUUGCAUGGGGCAAUUUAAAUCUCUUCAUCGCUACUGCUCUAUAUUUGAUCGAUGUGUAUGGUCCUUUGAACGGAGCAUCGGCACUUGCGGCCAAUGGAAUCCUUCGAUACACCCUCGGCGCCGCCUUCCCGCUGUUCACUGUUCAGAUGUACGAUAACCUAGGCAUUGGAUGGGCUACUAGCCUUCUCGGAUUCCUCGCCGUGGCCAUGCUACCCAUCCCAUGGGUUCUGUUCAAAUGGGGCCCACAAAUUAGGGCCCGAAGUCAGUACCCGACAGAUAUGUGA